UUUAUGUUUUCAGUAGCAACCGUGAGUUAAACUGAACAAAGUCGUUGUAAAAGGCUGAAACAUGUCAACCCUCCGGGAUGAGACGGCAGCAGAUGUGCCGGUCAAGGACGUCACGGUGGACCUCUCCAGACUCACACCGGCUCCACCAGAGUCGUCGACCUAUCAGCACGCCCGUGCGCGACUGGACAUCUCGCGUGUGUCCCGGGAGGAGCUGGAGGACCGCUUCCUGCGGCUGCAGGAGGAGACGCUGCAGCUCAAACAGCACAGCCACAAACGGGAUGAUCUAAUCAAGAAGUGA